AUGGCCGAAACGGGGCUGGUUGAGGAAAUUGAGCCAUGUUUGAGGACGGAAACGGGCAAACCACCAGAUUCGCUUAUCUCUGGUUUAUCGUCGAUUUCACAUCGAAAACCCGACUAUGCACGACGAUGCAUCAUCGUUCUGCUCAUCCAUGCUGUCUUCAUUCUGGCUGUAUUUUUGGCAUUUCUCAUUGGACAUUGGUUAUCGGAACAGAAUGAGAAUAACAACACGGCAGCGGAUGAGUUAGUCUACUUCAUAACAUCUGCUCCGUCCUCUUCACCUACCACUACUAACCUACCGACUGAUGAAGUCACUCUACUGACAACCAUGAAAAAACCUGAGCUAACUACUCGCUUACAACUAACCUCGUUAACUCCUCGUGAUCGUCUUAUUCCGGUGCGUCUUAAUACGCUCGAACCACAACGAAACUUUACUCUUAUGGAUGUUUCACCGCCAGCCUACGAAUCCUACGAAUUUAUGGAGGAGCUGCAUGCUACGCACGAGAAACGGAAACAGGACGUCCUCCUCGUUCCUGUUCCCACUCAUACUCUUCCUCUUCAUUACGAUCUCAAUUUAGAUUUGACUCAGUUUGGACAAAGAGUGAUUCGUGGUAGCUUAACGGUACAUCUGGAAUCAUUUGGAAAUUCCACAGACGAUGAAAUCCUUUUUCAUGUUGGCACACGAGUGAACAUUGAGAGGAUACGAUUGAGAAGAGAAGGAAGAAGAGUGUAUCCGAAAACCUUGAAGAGGGAAGAUCAGAAGAAGUUGGCUCGUUUAGUGCUGAAAGAGCGAUUGAAACGAGGACGAUAUUUACUCGAAAUGGAGUACAAUAGCACGAUUUGCGAUGAAGAUGGUGGACUUCAUUGUUAUUAUGAGAUCGAUUCGGCCAACAAAUCAGUGGUGAGCUCAUUUACGACAAAAUUUGAACCGGCUCUUGCGAGGUCAUUUCUUCCAUGUUGGGAUGAUCCAGGAAUUAAGGCUACCUUCAACAUUUCUGUUCUUCAUCAUCCCAAGUAUGUUGUGUUGUCAAAUAUGCCAAGGAGUGGGCAGAAACAAAAAAGUGAUGAUCUGAUCACUACAACAUUUCAUGAAAGUCCUCCAAUGUCCACCUAUUUGCUUGCGUUCGCAAUUGGAGAACUUGUGCCAUUAGAAAUGCGCACAGAGCGGAAUCUACCGCUUGCUGUAUGGACACAUCCGGAGGAUUUUCUAUCCGCUCGUUUCGCCGCCAAUUUCUCUCCGGUAAUGUUCGAUCGAGUGGAAGAUGAACUAGAGGUUCCCUAUCCAUUACCUAAAAUGGACUUCGUCGCAGCACGCAGUUUUCCUGUUGGUGGCAUGGAAAAUUGGGGUCUUAUCGUUUUUGACAAGCAAUCAUUGCUUCUGGAUAGUUCACUCGAAGAUAGUCUCAACAUGACCGUGGAUCGUCUCUACCACGAAUAUCGUAUCGAAAAGAUUAUCACUCAUGAAGUUGCUCAUCAAUGGUUCGGCAACCUGGUCACCAUGCGUGAUUGGUCGGAUUUGUGGUUGAAUGAAGGAUUUGCCACAUACAUGGUCUAUGAACUCCUUAAACAGGAGCAUCCGAAACUAACAGAGAACGAGUAUCUAACUCGGCUGUGCCAACUGGUUAGAAAACAGUCAACACUGGAUCGUCCGGCGCUUGUUCGACCGCUUACCACUGAACUUGAAGUCGAGCAAUCUUUUCAUGGAACUCAUCUCUACACAAAAGGAUGCGUUAUGGUCAACAUGAUCCGUGAUUUAGUGUCCGAAUUCGAAUUUCGCGCCGGUGUUCGAAGGUAUCUCCGCAAAAACGCCUAUCGAUCAGUGUCCAGGCAAGAAUUAUGGGAGAGUAUGCCUGCUUAUGCUGAUCAUGGAGCAGAACAGCAACGACUCAGCGAUGUGAUGGAAGGAUGGCUGGUGAACGAAGGGAUACCUGAACUGACUUUCACCCGCAAUUACCUAAAUGAUAUGAUUACAAUAACACAAAGACGCUGUGAUGAUCAUUACCACAAAGCAUUCCUCAAGGAUGACAAGGAAAAAUCGGAAGGGAAACAAGGUGAGCGAAUAAAAACUCGCACUCGACGCAACGACGACGAAGGGACCACACCGUUUAACGACUCUUUUUUCGAUUAUUUGCCUACAGAUAACGUUGAACCAGUGAAGAAAAAACGGAAACACGGGCGGAGGAAAGCAAAAAAGCACAAACCAACAGUCACUCCUCCUUCGUCGAGCAUAUCCAUAGAUUCUCGCAGGGACGAGCUACGAAAACCACGUCACACCCCCAGGCCAAGUGAUCUAUGGAGCAUCCCUUUCAGCUACACUUUUGGAUCUGUGAAAAGCACCGAAGGGCAGGUUGUGCGACAAUUUUGGGUGAAGAAUCGAAGUGUUUCUUUUGUGGACGUCGAGCUCUCACCCAGCCAAGCUGUGCUUGCAAAUCCGAAUUGGAUUUAUCCUUAUAGGGUUAAUUAUGAUAUCACAAAUUGGAAAAUGAUUGCAAGAUUGUUACAUCAAAACUACCUCGAAUUCCCUGCCAGAUCCCGUAUACAAAUUUUGGUUGACGCUGAGACCUUCCUAGCACAUUCGGAUCUCCCCGAGUUAUUUAUAUACAUCUUAGGGUACCUAGCGGAUGAGACGGAUUUGGGAGUAUCGCUCAUAGGCAUGAACGCAAUCCAUAGACUUUUUGAUUCAUUCCGAGGUAUAAACCUACCAGAGCUACAACUAUACCUCGCACCUGCAAUAGCACAGCUUGAUCGGCUUCUAGACGAUAGUCAAUCAGAUUCAGAGCUAGCCGCACUUUGGCUCAUCGAUCCCACUCGGUUAUCAAAGCUCUACCAUCUCCGAUGUAUGACGAAUCUUCCUACUUGUGAUCAUCAGGCUCAGGCGCAGCGUUGGAUGUUGUUCCCAAACUCUUUGCACGAUGACGUUCACAAACAAGUUACAGCUGUAUGUCACUACUUCUUCACGCAUAACGUCACACGAGAGGAGUCGUUACUUGAAGCGCAGUUGAAGAGCCGUGGGACUUACUGGUCGACUGCAGUGCAACUGGCCGCAUGUUCACAUGCUGAUCGCGUCAUACGCCUAGCGGCCAAACAAAUUGUUGCCACUAAAAACGCGGCCAUCUUUGCUUCCACCCUACAGUCCGAUUUCUCCUUGCACUAUAAUGCGAAAUUCCGUAAAGCACUGUGGAAUCAAAUCGGAAAAAUGACAACAGCGGAGAGACGCUUAUUAUUCUCUGUGGAUGAGAUCAAACCGCAACCUGCAUCGAGAAUCAUUCUUCAUUCCAUUAGAUCGCUUGAUGAGCUCAACCAGGUCCGUUCACUUGUAACCGAUUGGGGACCUAAAAUGUCCAAACAUUUGGAGUAUAUCGAACGACAUCUACGAUGGAAAAUGCACGUCUCCCGAACGUCCCUCAAGGAGUUCUUCUCCAACCACGCUACUAUAUAG